GCGUCCGCGAGGCGUCGGACCUCGGCAACCUGUUUUCAGCCCAGCUGGGAGUGGGAUUUGCCUGCCAGCCGUCUGGGGGAGGGGGCCUUGUUUUUCUUUGCGUCUGGAGACCUCGGCUUGCAACUGGAUAAAGCCGUAUCCAAAGGAUGUAAACGGGCAGAGCAACUGUUACCAAGAAGGCAGUCACCCCAAAAAGCAGGGAGCAGCGUCGAGGGUGUAGGGUGGGGGCUUCCUCCCAGCUUCUCCCAGGCGCAACAAUAAUCGACACUCAGGUGGCGGUUGCAACUUUUCAAGGUCAGCCACAGGGAGUAGCCUUUCCAUCUCUGCACCUUGGGGGCACACAGAGGCUCGGAUUGGAUUUGGCUGAGAAAUGCACAGGACGCCAAGCAAGAAAGGCUUGUAGAGGAGGGGGGAUAGUGUGUGACCCCAAGACUCAUCCCUCCCUCAUCCUCCCCGAAACCUUCGGUCUCACGCUGCCCCGGCUGGGUGAGUAUGUGACAUGUGUGUAACUCGCAGGAGCAACUUGGGCAGCAGGUGUCGAUCCUGAGCGGGAGCCGCCGCGGCUGCCGGGUGCGCCCUCGCCCAGCCAUGUGGGCCCCGGACGCGCCUGCCGCCGGCACUUUGCGGCUGCGGCUUCUGCUGCUGCUACUGCUCCAGAUUUCCGCGUCUUUUGCCUUCGGGUUCGCCCCUGCGCCCAGGAAUGAAACUUGUCUCGGGGAGAGCUGUUCACCUGUACGGAACCAGCGCCGCGGCAGAGGCUCGUGGGGACCAGAAAAUUCUGCAAGAGACGUCCUGCGAGCCCGCGCGCCGGGGGAGGAGAGGGAGGCAGCGCUGCGCUCCGCGCCCUCCUGGGACCUGCCAGACGCCCGGGGCGGUGACCCAGGUGCCGGCAGAGGGGCGGAGGCGUCGGCAGCAGAGCCCUCGGGACCUCCGACCAGGCUGCUUGGCUCCUGGAGGUGGAAAGGCGUCCGGGUCCAGGAGGUCCCCGGAACUUUGAGGAGAGGAGACCCCACGGCCCUCCAGCGCUUCCUUCAGACCUCAGAGGAAGAAGAGGAGGGUCCCAGGGGCGCUGGCAUUUCCGGGCGCAGCCAGGAGCAGAGUGUGAAGACGGAACCUGUGGCCAGCGAUCUCUACUGGCCAAGGAGAGCCGGCAAACUCCAGGGUUCCCACCACAAGCCCCCACCCAAGACGGCCAGUGGGUUGGCAGGGCACGAGGGGCGGACAUUUGCACCCCCUGGCCGGGCGCUGGCCCAGAAUGGGUCCUCAGGCGAAGGGGUCCACGAGCGCGGGGGUCCCCGCCGGGGUAACAGCACUAACCGGAGAGUAAGGCUGAAGAACCCCUUCUACCCGCUGACCCAGGAGUCCUACGGAGCCUAUGCGGUCAUGUGUUUGUCAGUGGUGAUCUUUGGGACCGGCAUCAUCGGCAACCUGGCGGUGAUGUGCAUCGUGUGUCACAACUACUACAUGCGGAGCAUCUCCAACUCCCUCCUGGCCAACCUGGCCUUCUGGGACUUCCUCAUCAUCUUCUUCUGCCUUCCGCUCGUCAUCUUCCACGAGCUCACCAAGAAGUGGCUGCUGGAGGACUUCUCCUGCAAGAUCGUGCCCUACAUCGAGGUCGCUUCUCUCGGAGUCACUACCUUCACCUUAUGUGCUCUGUGUAUAGACCGCUUCCGGGCUGCUACCAACGUUCAGAUGUACUAUGAAAUGAUUGAAAAUUGCUCCUCCACAACCGCCAAGCUUGCUGUUAUAUGGGUGGGUGCCCUGCUGUUGGCACUGCCGGAAGUUGUUCUUCGCCAGCUGAGCAAGGAGGAUUUGGGGUUUCCUGGCCGGGCUCCGGCGGAACGGUGCAUCAUAAAGAUCUCUCCUGAUUUACCCGACACCAUCUAUGUUUUAGCUCUCACCUACGACAGUGCGAGACUCUGGUGGUACUUUGGCUGUUACUUUUGUUUGCCUACGCUUUUCACCAUCACCUGCUCUUUAGUGACUGCGAGGAAAAUCCGCAAAGCAGAGAAAGCCUGUACCCGAGGGAAUAAGCGGCAGAUUCAGCUAGAAAGCCAGAUGAACUGUACAGUGGUGGCACUGACCAUUUUAUACGGAUUCUGCAUCAUUCCUGAAAAUAUCUGCAACAUCGUCACUGCCUACAUGGCUACAGGGGUUUCACAGCAGACAAUGGACCUGCUUAAUAUCAUCAGCCAAUUCCUUUUGUUUUUUAAGUCCUGUGUCACCCCGGUCCUCCUUUUCUGCCUCUGCAAACCCUUCAGUCGAGCCUUCAUGGAGUGCUGCUGCUGUUGCUGUGAGGAGUGCAUUCAGAAGUCUUCCACGGUGACCAGUGAUGACAAUGACAACGAGUACACCACAGAACUCGAACUCUCACCUUUCAGUACCAUACGCCGGGAAAUGUCCACGUUUGCUUCUGUCGGAACUCAUUGCUGAAGGACAGUAUUUGGUUUGAUCAGAUUUGUUUAAAUUUUUGGUUUUUCAUAUCUUGUGAAAGUUUUUACUUCAUGCUUUUUCCUUACAGGAAAAAAAAAAGCAAAAAAAUACGCAUUAACUACUGUAGAACUGAUUUUACAAAUUAAUACUUGUGCUUGAAAAAAAUGUUUAUAUUUAGUUAUUUAAGAAGGACAAGGAGACCAAUAGUUUAGAUCAUUUAUCUGGUAUGGUGCUAAUAUUUUAUUUGGAAAAAAGUUACUGCACCUUAACUUAAUUAAUUGCUAAAUUUCUUUCUUUUUAAAAUAUAAUUAUUGUAUAUUGAUUAUAGCCAUGUGGUUUUGUAGGUUACUUUUUGUUUGAGUUGUGAUUGACAGUAUAUUGUCUAUGGUAUCGUGAGAUGAUUUGUACUUAGAAGCAUUCACAAAGUAGCACCAAAUAAAUGACACUUUAUUCUUUAACAUCAUUGUCAAUCUACUUUUAACCAAGAUUCAAUAAAUCCUUUAAUUGCCUUAAAGACACAAUUACUGGCUCUAUGCACAAUUUCAAAUUGGCCUUACUUUUUUAUAAUUAUGUUUUCCAUUAAGAUAGGUAAUCAAUAUGUUAUUAAGAAGUUUUCCUAAUGGUACUAUUUUCUAUGCAUGACUCAUAAAACUAUAUUGUGUGUUAAGACAAACUGUAUUUUUAAUAUUCAGAUAUAGAUGUAAAACUGCUUCUGAAUAUUUAUCAAACAUGAAUAAAUAGCAGGGUAGGAAAAAAGUAUCUUUUUUUCUAAGUUGACUUCUGAACUAGGA